AUGGACUCCCUGGGCGGCAUGUCCUCUUACCCGAGCGACCCAAAGACGGCCGUCAUGCGCCAGGUCCAGCAGGAAGCGGCUAUGCAGAAUGCGCGCAUGCUUGUCGAGAAACUCAACGAGCACUGCUUCGAGCGCUGCAUCCCCAAGCCCGGUGCCGCCCUCUCCAAAGGCGAAGAAAGCUGCAUGAGCGCAUGCAUGGAAAAGUACAUGAGCGCAUGGAAUACUGUGAGCAAGCAGUACGUCGGCAGAAUACAGCGCGAGAGUGCCCAGGGCGGUGCCGUGCAGAACCUGUAA